AUGUCGAAUGGAGAGCAGAAGAGCGAGAAGCUGCGAGGGUACGGUCACCUGUACAGCCUUAGCCUCGCCCAUUUCAAGUCGGCGGCGAUCAAGUGCGCCGUGGAGUUGGGCAUUCCAACUGCUAUCAAACGCUGCGGCAGGACGGCCACCAUCUCCGACCUCAUCAAGGAGAUCGGCCUCGUCCCGGCAAAGGCGCCAUACCUCAGCCGCCUCCUGCGCUUCCUUGCCUUCUUCGGGCUGUUCGAGGAGGACGAGGAGGAGUUUGCGUCAGCUAAAAGCAAGACGGUGUACAAGCUGACUCCGACGUCGCGGCUCCUCGUCCAGGAGGCCGACAACGAUUCGACGUGCGACAUGUCCCACAUGCUGCUGCUGUUCACGCGUCCCAGCACCACUGUGUCAACCUUCUUCGACGUUGAGCAGCGACGCGUCAUUUAA